ACCCCACCCUCACAAAUCCCUCCGGUCCUGAAAACAAACGCUCUCUCUCUCUCUCUAGCCCUCUGAGAUCUUCGUCUAAAUUCACUACCCUCUCUCUCUCUCUCUCUAGAACUCGCAUUCUUGCUGUGAUUCGAAUCCAUGGAAGAUCAAACGGUGGAAAUGUUCCCCCAAAUCUGCAAAGACGUCGUUCCAGAUCACGACCCCAAGUCCUCUUCGACCUCUGGCCCAGUUAAAACCCUAGAGACGAUUACAACCCAGUUGGACAGUGACGUGAGCAACAGAGAAUGUACUCCCUAUAUUGCUACCGAACCCGUCGAUGGUGAUUCUGAUUUGAUUGGUGAGAGUAGCACGUCGAAGGGAACUGAAGAAGGUUCUCCAGGUCAGAUGGUUCUUCCAGUUUUGCAGAAGAUCACUGAUUUGACUACCAAAAUUCAGGAUUUGAAGAGAGAGCACACUGCCUUGUCUGACGAAGUCAAGCUCACAACGAAUUCCUUUCCAGACCCUGCAGUUCUAAACACCAUUCAGCUUCUAAGUAUUGAACAUGAACUUUUAAAGAAGAAGUACCUAGAUGAGUCGUCUGAGCGAAAGAGACUAUACAAUGAAAUGAUUGAGCUUAAAGGCAACAUCCGAGUUUUCUGCAGAUGUAGACCUUUGAAUCAAACUGAAAUUUCAAGCGCAUCAGGUUCCGUUGUUGAAUUCGAAUCCUCCCUAGACAAUGAGUUACAGGUCAUUUGUUCUGAUUCCUCCAAAAAGCAGUUCAAGUUUGACCAUGUUUUCAGACCGGAGGACAAUCAAGAGGCUGUUUUUGCUCAAACGAAACCUAUUGUGACUUCGGUGUUGGAUGGCUACAAUGUCUGCAUUUUUGCCUACGGACAAACUGGAACUGGCAAGACCUUUACGAUGGAGGGUACUCCUGAAAACAGAGGUGUUAACUACAGGACUCUGGAGGAGUUGUUUCGGAUUUCAAAAGACAGAGGUGGCUUAAUGAGAUAUGAGUUAUGUGUUAGUAUGCUAGAAGUUUAUAAUGAGAAGAUAAGGGACCUCUUGGUCGAUAACACAAAUCAACCGACAAAGAAGUUGGAAAUAAAGCAAUGUGCAGAUGGAACCUUAGAUGUUCCAGGACUUGUUCAAGAGCGUGUUUAUGGCUUUGAAGAGAUGUGGGAACUGCUAAAGUCUGGAAGCCAAGCUAGAUCUGUUGGAUCUACCAGUGCUAACGAGCAGAGCAGCCGAUCUCAUUGCUUGUUGCGGGUGACAGUGAAGGGGGAGAACUUGAUAAACGGGCAAAAGACAAGGAGUCAACUGUGGCUCGUAGACUUGGCUGGCAGUGAGCGUGUGGGGAGGAUUGAUGUUGAAGGUGAAAGACUGAAGGAAUCUCAGUUUAUAAAUAAAUCUCUCUCGGCCCUUGGCGAUGUUAUCUCAUCCCUUGCAUCUAAAACAGCCCACAUUCCUUACAGGAAUUCAAAGCUUACUCAUAUGCUGCAGAGUUCUCUAGGAGGAGAUUGCAAAACCUUGAUGUUUGUCCAAAUCAGCCCGAGUGCCUCAGAUCUUGGAGAGACACUGUGUUCACUGAACUUUGCCAGCCGGGUGAGGGGAAUAGAGAGUGGCCCUGCUCGCAAACAGGCAGACCUCAGUGAGCUGUUCAAGUACAAACAAAUGGCUGAGAAGGCUAAACAUGACGAGAAAGAAACCAAGAAACUACAGGACUGCAUACAGUCUCUGCAGUUGAGGCUUGCUGCGAGGGAACACAUUUGCAGAAAUCUACAAGAAAAGAAUCGAGACCUUGAGAACCAGUUGGCUGAGGAAAGGAAGACCAGACUGAAACAGGAGACUAGAGCUUUUGCAGCUGCUUCUCAUCAGUCUUCAGCAUCAUCAUUCCGGAAACAAGGAGCCCAGAAAACUGUUGCAGAGAAGAAACCACCUUUGGCUCCUCCAAGAGCGAGGCUACCCCUGCGAAGAAUUUCCAACUUCAUGCCCCCACCAUCAUCUGCUUUACCUCCCAAAAAAACCAGCUCUACAACCUCCGUCCCAUCUUCAGUGGGUGGCAAAGAAAAUAUCUCCACAACAGCACUGGCAGGAAGAAGCCAGAAAAGCCUAAUUUUACCGAGAAGAAUCUCCAUUGCUGUCAGACCUCCAACUGCAACAACACAACAGGUUCUUCAGCCUAAGAGACGGGUCUCCAUUGCUACCUAUCGCCCUGAGCCAAGCUCUCACAUGAUAACACCCCUCCACACCUCUGCCUCUCUAUCCAACAGUGACAGACCAUCUUUCGCAAGGGAUCCACGAAGGGCACGGUACUCAAGGUUGUUCUCCCCAAUGCCUGAAUUGAAGUCGGAAGCAGAGACAACACCAACCACAAUGAGGAGAAGCAGCAAGUUCAUGGGUAGUCCCCCGAUAUUGGCUGGUUCAGUCAGAGCAGCGAGGCAUCCAGCAGCUGUUGCACUACUACGGAAACCAGUAGUUUGGAGUCCACUCAAGCUGAGAAGCAUGAAAAACAGAAGGCCAUCACUGUUACUGCCUCCCCGGGUUUCAAAUGACAUGCAAUGAAUCAAUUCGUCAUUGUCUAUAUUUUCAAACACCCUGAAACAGUAAAUGUUCUUGUUUUCUUUUUCUACCUUGGAACUAUUGUGAUAGUACUGAAAAUGUAUGCUUCUUGCCUACUAAUCAUUCAUUUCGUUGUUGAAGCA